AGACUGGCUGUGUGCACACAAUAGACCCAAACCCCUGUCAUGCCUGGGCAUUCAUUUAUGCCUGGGCAGCCGGCAGUUGGGUGCACAACUCAGCAAUUCUUCAUCUUGUACCUUUAUACUAGGGGCUAGUUGUGCACCCAACUGCCUAGGCAUGGAUGAAAGCACAGGGCUUAUUAAGGGUUAUGGUCUAUUGGUGUGUGCACACAGCCUAUAACCCAUAAUGUUAGUACGUUUAUCGUUUGGCUGGCCAAGGAACUAACGUUAAUUCACUUGGACUUUGUCUUUGGAGAGUCAGAUCGGCCGUGAUCUGGCAAAACCGUGUACCCAGUCUAUGUAAGAUCCAUCCUGGAGACCAAUCCCGAACAGUCCUCUAGGUUGAUCACGUCUUCGGAAUACGAGAUGGACGAGGAGCCUAUAGCGAAGUCAAGGGUCAUCUCUGUGGAACCUGUUGUGUUUCUGAGUCUAGCCGUCCAUGGUGUGCUGUUCAACAUUCGCACCCAGUAUGUUGAGGCUCGUCUGGCUGCUGAUUAUAACUACACGCUACCUGAGACAGGGAACUGCUCCUUAGCGAAUAAGUCAGCUGAUGCUACAGGUAAAGAGAUAGAGUCUGAGACUUCAUUAUGGGUCAUGUACAUGUGCUGGGCAUCAGUCUUCUUCCCUAUCUUCACUGGAACGAUCCUGAUCGCUGCAUCUGACAUCGUCGGCCGGAAACCCAUCCUGAUCAUCAAUGCCUUUUGCCAUCUUCUCGCCUCGACCAUCUUCAUGCUCGUCGCCUGGCUGCACCUCCCGCUCAUCGUCGCCGUGGCGGCAGAAUGCAUCUUUGGACUUGGCGGCGACUCUAUCGUCUGCAUAAAUGUGUCGUUCGCAUAUAUCGCAGACAUUAGCACCGGAAAGUCGCGGGUCACCAAAUACACAAUCCUCUCAUUCAUGAUUUACAUCGGAUUUGGUGGGAGUCAAAUACUUGUUGAGCUCAUCUUGCAGUAUACGAAGAACUACAACCUCUCGUUUGGAUGUGCGUGGGUAUUCGCCUUCCUUUACGUCCUUAACGUCUCAAUCCCGGGCAUUUUACUUGAAACUGUUGAAAAAAACACAAAGUUUAAGGUAGUUUCUACAGUAAAGGCCCUCCUAAAAAGUUUUGUCCGUCUUGUAUCGGUAUCAGAGGACAAGAGACAGUCAAGAUUGUUGCUUCUAGUUUUCAUGAAAAUGGUUUUCUUUCUAAUCAACGAGGCUAUCUAUGCUGUUAUAACCAUCUAUGGGAUUGGUCAACCGUUUUGUUGGUCACCCACUAUGGUUGGGAUCUACAAUGUUAUUGUGAAUACAUGUCCUGCUUUUGUUGCCAUGGUGGUGAUCAAGCCGUUACUAUUCUGUAUGUCUGGCUACAUCAUAAUGCAGGUCGGCUUUCUUUCUGGUAUUGCUAUACUUAUUGUUUCAGCCAUCGCAAACACCUCCAAUAUUCUAGUUUAUGCGGCUGUAGCUGCUGGUUCGCUGAGGACGAUUCCUGAUUCACUCGCAGAUUUCUUCCUCUCCAAGUUGGUCUCCAAAGAUGAGCAAGGUAAGGAGUUCUUGAUCAACUUCAUAGGCAUGGAGGGCAUGGAGUACUUGAAUCUAGGUUAUUUUGUCACCAGGGUUGGAAAUGAUUUAUAUUUUAGGGGCGAUCUUUUUUCUACAUUGGGGUGAUUGAGUGCUAUUUCUUUCAUUUUAAAGGUCAAGUCCACCCCAGAAAACUGUUGAUUUUGAAUAAAAAGAGAAAAAUCAAACUAGCAUAACGCCGAAAAUUUCAUCAAAAUCGGAUGUAAAAUAAUAAAGUUAUGACAUUUUAAAGUUUCGCAAUAUUUUUCACAAAACAGUGAUAUGCGCAAUCCUAUCUCCUGUGCACAAUCCUAUGCAACAACCCUAUCUCCAGCCAAGUCGUUUCCUAACAAGAAAUCAACACCUUCCACUGGUAAUUCUGGAACGACACCAACUUUCACAGGACCACUAACUAGGUCACACCUUAAGUCGUCCUUAUGCAGAGGAACCGACAUGGAAUUUUGACCAAUACCUUGAAUUAAGACUUUGGCAUUCUCUGAACUCUCCGGAGGAAGAGCCAAAUCCUCUGGGACCAUCAGGGACUGUGCAGCCCCUGUAUCCCUAAGGAUCACCACUGACCUACAAGCAGCACCAGUCGAACAAGGGGAUACUUCACCAUCAUACAAAAAACUUCUAAAGCUUUCAUCAACCUGCUUGACUUUAUCAGCAAAUACCAGAAUGUACACUCUCAACUUCUUGAAUAGGCUCUGAUGGGACGAACUCCAUCGAGGGAACACUUGUUUGCUUGACAAAACCCAUGUCUUUCUUAGUUUUGGUUGGCAUUCCAACCAAUUUCAAACAUGAUUCUUUCAAAUGUCCCGAUUUAUGACAAUGAGUACAAAUUUGGAACUACGACUCUCAGACCUUUUGCUUGAUUCUGUGCCCCCACUUGCCUGAUUCUUGUGAGCUAUGUCUUUGUCCUUCAUCAGGUUUAUUGUGGGAUUCAAAUUACCCUUUACCUUGCUUUUUCCAAUAAUUCUUGAAAGGAGGCCUAUCCCCACAACCUCUAUGUGUGACCUCAAAUUCAUCAGCUAUUAUGGCUGCUUUACUGACUUCAGUAACUCUAUGGUCAUCUAAGUGAGAUUUAAUGCCAAAAGGAAGACUCUUUUUGAAUUCUUCUAGGAGGACAACUUCCCUAAGGUGAACAAAAUCUUUGUCAACUUCCAGUGAUCUGUACCACUUAUCGAACAUCAUCUCUUGUUCCCUAGCAAAUUCAAUGUACGUCAGGCCUGAUUGUCUUUGCAUGUUCCUAAAUUUAUGUCUGUACGCUUCUGCUACCGACUCAAAUAUGCAUUGAUGAUUGUUUCUUUUACUGUAGCAUAGUCACAUGAUUGCAUUUCAGAGAGCGAAGAAUAGUCUUUUGCAUCCUUUCCAACAAAAACAAUUUGGAGGAGAAGAGUCCAGUAUUCCUCAGGCCAAUUCAAUCUCUUGGCCACCUUUUCAAAUGACAC